GUCUGCUUUCUGCCUUUAUAAAUUCGGGUAUUGUGUUGCACAGGCUGAAAAUAUGGAAGUGGAUGUUGAGGUUGUGAAUCGCGAAACAAGUUUCCAUCUGCAUGCCGAUUGAUAGGGUACCAAUUGGAUUAUGCAGGCGUAAAUUAGGGAGGCAUCAUAAUGAUGCCUAUACAUACUCCCCAUUUUAUAAUGCAUACGCGUGAGUGCACACAUACGAAAACCACAAUACUGACUUCCCAAGAUACCGGUCUGCCCACAGAGGAACCCGUUCUCGCCAACAGAGUGCACAAUUGGCAAUGUGCACAGCAAAGGCAACGAGGCACAUAUAUAAUACGAGGCCGGCGCCACUGUACUCACUUUUGUAUCCUUUAUUAUUUAACUAUGACUGCACAAGUCGCGAGGAUCGUUGCGCUCAGCAAGCAGCUUGACAGUGCACACACUAGGAUCUGGGACCUGCGCAGCCAGUUCUCCGAGGUCACCACCACUACCACCAGCAAUGCCAGUGCCGACAAGGAGGCGCUCCACAAUCAGCUCGACAACGCACACGCUGAUAUUGAGAACCUGCGCGGCAAGCUCAUGGCUUCCCAGGAAAAGGCCAAUGAGUAACGCGUAGAAGGCCCGGGGCAUGCGCGCCGAAAAUGAAAAGCCUAAGGCCAGCCCAAAAGCUGGCUGCAAGGAGCUUGCUUCCGCGAGCACCACAGCCUAUGCGAGUGAUUUAAAGGACUCGCAGGUCACAAUCAACUUGCUCCAGGCAGAGACCAUCAUGUUUAAUAUAGACA